UUCGGACUUGUCAUGCUGCGAUUGGUUAGAAAGCGUGUCAACGUUUUGAAUGGGGCUCUCGGUAUCCAUCUUCCUGUGAUGUACACACACGAGCUGAAACAAUGGGACCAUUAAGGGUUAUAUCUGUCUUUCUGGAGGUCAUUUUAGUGGCUUUGAUGUUUGGCCAGUGCAGCUCUCGUGAUCUGGACUCCAGCUACGUGACGUGCGGCUCUGUGGUCAAACUGCUGAACACCCGGCACAGCGUCAGACUUCACUCGCAUGAUGUCAAAUACGGAUCAGGAAGUGGCCAGCAAUCAGUAACCGGUGUAGAUUCUGCUGAUGAUGCCAACAGCUACUGGCGUAUCCGUGGGAAACCAGACAAAGUUUGUCAGCGUGGGGAGCCCAUUCAAUGCGGACAGGCCAUCCGAAUUACACACAUGAAGACUGGACGCAACCUGCACUCGCAUCACUUUAGCUCCCCACUGUCUAACCAUCAGGAAGUGAGUGCAUUUGGUGAAAAUGGAGAAGGAGAUGAUUUAGACGUAUGGACUGUGCAGUGUGGCGAAACAUACUGGGAACGUGACGACGCAGUGCGAUUUAAACACGUUGCCACUGAGGUUUUCCUCAGUGUUACCGGAGAGCAGUACGGUCAACCAAUCAGAGGCCAGCAUGAGGUCCAUGGAAUGCCUUCACCCAAUCAGCAUAACUACUGGAAGGUGAUGGAGGGGGUUUUUAUUCAGCCCGGCAGUGAUCCAGUGCGCCACGACGAGCUCUGAUGAUGCCACCCGCUACAUUAUCGUAGUGUGCAACUGAGAACUCCACUCACACAUGCUGUGAAACACUCUCUAUAAUUAAACCUUCAGUUUCUAUAAAGUUCUAAUUUAAUUGGUCAAACUUGUAUGAUGCAUUUUUUUAAAAAUGUCACCCGCAAAAUGAACUCCACAGACAAAUAGGUUUGUUUUACUAGAUUGCUAAUGAUUGGAAUGUGUUUGUUUGUACAAAAGGGAAUACAGUUAAAUAACAUACCAGGAUUUUGGGCUUCAAAACUGAGUUUUUGUAUUAUUUAUAUUAGGUUGGAUUACUACUGGAAUAAAUGGCAUUGUACUAUGAAAUAGUGUUUUUGCACACAUGAAAUCCUGUAAUCUUUCUGAUUUCAAUAUGGGAAAAUAUCAAAUGGUAAUUUCUGUUUUGGUUUAAGUGUUCAAUGUUACUGCAAUUCCCCCUAAUACUGUAUAUGACCCGAUAUGUACAUAAUUUGGUGAAAGCUUAAAGUUUUUGAAAACACACUGUAGGUAUUUUUUUAUUUCAGUUAAAACAUUUUUUUAAAGAACCAUAUAAUUAAAAAAAAACUGUAAACAAGCAAAUGCAUUGUUGUGAUGCCCAAUUUCUGAAUACUGUCAAUAAAUGCUGCACAUUAUCAAGACUUUAUUAAAGAUUACUCUAAAAUUACAAUCACA